AUGAAACAAAAAAACGAAAAUCUGAUAGAAGAUACAUUAUCUCUUACUGUUUAUGCAAACCUUGUACAACUCACAAAGAAAAGACAUUCAAAGAAAAUUGAACACAAAAACACGCAUCUGUCAAGAAAAUUCGAAAUAUUACUAAAGAAAAAGUUCAAACAAAAUAAAGAGAUAACACCAGAAGAGAAGAAAGAACACCAAACAAAAACGCUAUUAAACUUUUCUGGUAUUGAAAUUCCUGAUGAAUUUAUUCCAUUAUUGUCAAAGGGUCUCGAAUUCAAAAUUUCAACGAAGAAAUUACCUAUAAUUGACAUGAUUUGUGGAAUCAAAAAAGCAGCAAAAUCAUUUUCUUCACCUUCAAUGGCAAAUGGAUUUCGAUUUGAAUGCAAAAGAAUUAUGGAAAAAGAAAAAAACACUAAAUUAACAAAUAUUACAAAUGAGCUGUGUAAUGGAUUAAAUGAAUGGUUGAAACAAAAUAGACUUAUUUUGAUCGAAAACGACAAAGGCAGAGCAACAUGCAUAAUUUCGCAACAAAAAGUAGACGAAUUAAUUAAUCAAGAAUUAUCCAACAAAGAGAGAUAUGUAGAACUGAAAAGUGAUAAUAUUGAGAAAGCAAAAACGGCUAUUAACAAGGAAAUCGCAAAUCUCCGAAAAGAAAACAGUAAAGAACUUAAAUAUCUAACAACGUCAGCAAAAUCAUACAUAAAAGACACGGAGCAAUUUGUUAACAAAGUAAAAGAAAUUAAUUUGGACGAGAAUGAGAAGUUGGUGAGUUUUGAUAUUGCAGAUAUGUACCCUUCCCUACCAAAAUCUGAAGUCAUACAUGAAGUAGAAAGGAGAAUCAGAGAAGACACUUUUAAAACAAAUCUUAAUAAAGAAGCCUUAGUACGUCUCGUGAAAAUCUCAGUUGAAUUUAUGACCUUCAAAAUAGGAAACAAAUUCUGCAACCAGGCGGAUGGUCUUUUCAUGGGAUCACCUGCGUCGCCAUGUUUUGCCGAAAUCUACAUUCAAAGAAUAGAAGAAAAUAGUAUCUACUCAAUGUUACACGCACCAAAAAUUUGGCUAAGAAAAGUAGACGAUACGUUCACUGUUACAAAACAUAAAACCGAGGACACCUUAAAUGAGCUGAAUAACACUUAUUCAAAGGUAAAAUUCACAGCGGAGGAAGAAAAGGAUGACCAGAUCCCAUUUUUGGAUUGUUUAAUAAUGAGAAAAGAUGAUAAUACAGUGAAAACAAAAGUGUAUAAAAAACCUACGCAUACGGGACAAUACACUAAUUAUACGUCAAACCAACCUUUACACGUAAAAUUAUCGACAAUUAAAACUUUAACGAGAAGAGCAAAAACCAUUUGCACAGAAGAAGCAGACCUCUAA